CUUAGACAUUUAAUUUACGAAUGAUUUCACAUUACAGAUCGGAAAAUGAAACUGGCAAUAUUGUUUGGUGUGGCGCUCCUUGCGCUGGCAGCUGCUGCGCCCACGAAAGACGAUGACGACACAGUCAUUGUUACGUCGGAAUUCUUCCCCGACGCUCUCGCUGUGUACACCAGCCAACAUGACAUCGUGAGUCUGACCGUCCCCCUCAAUAGCGCCAACUUCGAAGAUGAUGAAAGCCUCAACGAUGACAAAUUAGUUGUCCUCGCAAUCUUUGUAGAAGCUGAUAUAAAUGAUAAGGGAGAAUACGACUACAAAGGCCUUUACACUCUCAAAAACGGAACCGCAACGAAAAUUCUAGAGACAGGCACAGACUCCGCUUCAGAUAACACUGAUUCGCGUGACGUGUUCCUAAGUGCCACUGAUGGGCUGUAUGUAUACAAAUCCGAUGUUAAUAAAGUGGAGAAAUACGGCUCAGUUAAUGACAAUUUAAUUGGUAUUGCUAAGGUGAACUCUAGCGAAGAUAUCUUUGUCCUGUCUGCUGAUCACGUUCUGUACAAAGUGUCGGAAAAUGGAGAAAAGAAAGAAGUAGUAAAAGAAGUUAAGGACGCUCGUAAAAUCGUCUUGGACUUCUCUGAUAAUCUGUACUACUAUGAUGGAGAUAAUCAAGCCUAUGUACUAAGUGAUGAUGGUGUUAAGAAAAUCGAAGGGCUGCCAGCCAACCCUAACAAGGUAGCUUUGAUCAAACCACCCUUCAUAAUUGAAGACGGAGUUAUAUUUAUAGCAGACGGGAAAUCUUACACCGUUUUCGUAAAUGGAACUUGCGAAUUGAAUGAUUUUGUACUACAAGUGCAACCUACCGCUUUCGCUAUGGAGGCUACAAUAAUGCAAUAUUUCGCAUAUCAAAAGAAAAUAUACGAGUACAACAUAUUAGCCUUAAUUAACAGUAUAUACGAUGCUUUCAAACAAUUCUUGGAAGACAAAUCCUCUGAGAUUGAAUCUAUCGCGACUCGCUCCAGAGGAACUUUAAGGGCUUGAAUUAUAGAUGGCGUUUAAAUAAAUUUUAUUGUUACAA